GGUGCUGCGGAGGCGGAGAUCAAUAUUCGGAAAGCUCUUUCUUCCACCCGCCCAUCGGAAACCUCUGGACCGUUUUGUAUCUUACUUGUGGUGCCUCUCUGAAGCUGUGGGGGCGAGGCUCGAUUUUAUGAACGCGCGCAUGCGGAAAGAGGACGAGGGAGAGGUGUGGACUGUGCGUAUCAGGCAGAAGCAGUGUCCGGAGAUGGAAGGCGUCGAUGCUCCACCCUCGGCUAGGAAUGCGGGGUGCUCGUUGUGCGUGCACUGACGCGGACGGACGCGCUCUGCGCAGCGCCAACCCGAUGUAAGCGGGAGAACCCUUUUGUGCUGCCCGUGCCUCGUUGUCACCUUCCAUGGAGCGUUAUAUAGCCCCGGGCCUUGUACUCCCCCUUACGCCUCCCCCUCCUCCUCCCCUCCUUCUGCAAGGCCGGGUCCUUGUCUCUCCUUAGGCUUCCUUCAGUAGUUUCUUCUGUCAGGUUACAGCGCAGGCCGGUCCACCAUGCAGCUCGCUCUCUCUUUCACCACCCUGCUCGCCAGCGUGCUCUACAUUCUUUCAGCCACUUCCGGCAGCGUCGAGGCAGCACCCGCGAAGCGCAGCCGCUCCGUCACCCUACCACUCACCCGCAUCCACCAGACCCGCGACGAUGUCCACCCGCAAAUCCUCCUGCAGCAGCACAUUAACCGCAGCGUGAAGCGCAUCGCGCGCAUGCAGGGCCGCGCGCCCCCGACCAAGCGCAACAUGGCGGAGAAGAUCGCGAAGCGUCUCUUCAUCCCUGCGGCAGGCCGGCCCAACUUCACGGCGAAUGCGAACGAGAAGCGCUACAACCGUCAAGGCGCGAAGGACAAGGCCGCCGCAGCCGUCCAGGCGUUCUCGGACUUCGUCGACUCCUUCACCGAGGACGACGACCCCACCGUGACCGCGGCCGUGAAGAACCAGGCUGCGACCAAGGGCAAGAAGAAGCACGGCAAGGGGGCACAGCAGGCUGCCGCGGGCAAUGGCACAGCUGCUUCUGCUACUGCUACGGACUCUGCGGCGGACGCGUCUGCGACCGCGUCCAGCAGCCUCACUCCUGCGGACACGCCCACCGCGGACAACUCGCUUGGCCUUGCGAUUGAGGCGAAGGACGUCGGGUACAUCGCGACGAUCCAGAUGGGCACACCGCCCCGCGACUUCAACAUCCUCAUGGACUCGGGUUCCGCCGAUCUCUGGGUCGGAGCGGAGGGCUGCCAAUCGUCUGCGGGCGGGGACUGCGGCAACCACCAGUUCCUCGGCGCGACGACCUCCUCUACCUUCCAGGACUCCACCCAGCAGUUCCAGGUCACGUACGGCACCGGCGCCGUCGCGGGCACCAUCGUCCAGGACGACAUCACCGUAGCGGGCCUCGCGCUCACCGGCCACACGUUCGGUGUCGCCGCUGAGGAGACCCAGGACUUCUCGGAUGACAGUGUCCCCUUUGACGGUCUCAUGGGCCUCGCCCAGUCGACCCUCUCCCAGCAGGGCACCCUCACGCCCGUCGAGGCCCUCGCAAAGGCCGGUCUCAUCGACGACGCGAUCACCUCCUACAAGAUCUCGCGCCUCGCGGACAACCUGAACGACGGCGAGAUCACGUUCGGCGCGCUCGACGACUCCAAGUUCGACGCGUCCACGCUCGUCACCUUCGACAACGUCUCGCAGGACGGCUUCUGGGAGGGCGCGAUGGACAGCGCGUCCGUCGACGGCACGGACCUCGGCCUCACCGGGCGCUCCGCGAUCCUCGACACCGGCACGACGCUCAUCGUCGCGCCCGACGCGGACGCCGCCGCCGUGCACGCCGCGAUCCCCGGCGCCGCGUCCGACGGCCAGGGCGGGUUCACGCUCCCGUGCAACACGACCGCGAGCGUCGCGCUCACGUUCGCCGGGCAGGCGUUCGCGAUCGACACGCGCGACCUCAUCUUCGCGCAGGCGGACGACACGGGCGAGACCUGUGUGUCUGGCAUCAGCUCGGGCGAGAUCGACGGCGCGACGACGUGGCUCGUCGGCGACGUGUUCUUGAAGAACGCGUACUUCUCGACGGACGUGACUAAGAACCAGAUGUCGCUCGCGAAGCUCGUCUAGGCUUGAGCUCACGGACGCUCCUGGAGUCCCGCUCCAUCUCGCGCGCGCGUGCGCGCCCGAGUGCGCGCUGCGCCGCGCUCCCACUUCACGGACGCUUGCCCUGCUGGGCGACCUGUACAUACACGCUGCUUGGACUCUACCUGCUGUCGGACUGGACUGGCUUUCGGACUGGCUUUAGUUUAGCACUGCUUCCAUUUGUACUGGGUUUUGAGCGACGCAUCGCGUUGCAUGCACUGCAACAGAUUUUACUACUGGCGAUCCUGCCUAUGCGUCGGCCUGCUCGGGCAUGUCGUUUCGAGGACCCGAGUCGCAGUCCGGAACCUCGUACCCCGUUACCGAACGCCCGGAAGACAGGUGAUAGGCCAGGGCCCAGGAGACCGUAUCUCGCUGUGCGGAGCCGAGAACACACCUACGACCAUCUCCGUACUGAUCGUCAUCUCGAUUCCUGGUGCGUAUUAAGACAAUCGCACCAACCAGUGUAGUAUAGCUUGCGGCGCGCCCCACUCCAACGCACCUCCAAUCGACAAGAGCACGGCCUCGCAUUGGCUGCCUGAGCUCU